AGUUGUGGUUUUGAUAAUCUCAAGGCCGAGAGCUGUACUUUAUGUUUUAAAUAUUUGAUCCAUCAAUGAAGAACAAAUACUCUCUCAUUCCCUUUUUUUUUUUGUAAUAAUACUAUAAAGAAGCAAAUCUUUGUCUCUGGGUCUGAGCACGGGACUUGAAGACAGAUGUAGGGUUGAGAUGACAUCUGGGGGUGGGUGCGUCUCCCCACACUGAACCACAUAUCUUUUUGCCGGCUUCUUCAACGGCUUUUUCUCUUCCCCCUUCUCUUCCCUUCCUUCGACGUCGUUUUGUCUCCUUCCACACUUUCCUCUCUCUUUCUCUUUUUUUUUUUUUUUUUCUCUAUCUCUCUCUCUCACUCUCCUUCUGCUCCUCCGUCUCUCGUCUACAGUGCCCUCCGCUUCACCUAUUUCGUUGUCCUAUGAAUUUGGUCGAAAUGCCCUUGUCCUCCUCCUCCUUCUUCCACUAAUCUCUCAAGAAGAUAUAUCAUUCGAGAUUCCCCCCUGCCGUCUCCAAUUGCCACUUGCCGCUCUAACUCUCUUCGAAUUAGCUGAAAUGAAUGGAGAUAGACCAGUGGAAGAUGCUCAUUACACGGAGACGGGUUUCCCUUAUGCUGCUACUGGCAGUUACAUCGAUUUCUAUGGUGGUGCGUCUCAGGGGCCUCUAACCUAUGCUCAUUCCGGAACUAUGCAUCCUCAGGACAAUCUGUACUGGACCAUGAAUUCAAAUGCAUACAAGUUUGGGUUUUCAGGAUCAGAUAAUGCUUCUUUCUAUGGUUCUUAUGACAUGAACGAUCAUUUAUCGAGGAUGUCCAUAGGGAGAACAAAUUGGGACUACCAUCCCAUGGUGAACGUUGUUGAUGAUCCUGAAAUCACAGUUACACGUUCUGUCCAAAUCGGGGACACAGAUGAGCACUCUGAAGCCGAAGAAUGCAUUACAAAUGAGCAUGAUCCCGACAGUCCUCAGGUAUCCUGGCAAGAUGAUAUUGAUCCUGAUACAAUGACCUAUGAGGAAUUAGUAGAGCUGGGGGAAGCAGUAGGAACAGAAAGCCGGGGGUUGUCUCAGGAACUCAUAGAAACGCUCCCCACUAGAAAGUAUAAGUUUGGGAGCAUCUUCUCCAGGAAAAGAGCUGGGGAAAGGUGUGUAAUAUGCCAGCUCAAGUACAAGAUAGGGGAUAGGCAAAUGAAUCUGCCGUGCAAGCAUGUGUAUCAUUCUGAAUGCAUUUCCAAAUGGCUAAGCAUCAACAAGGUUUGCCCGGUGUGCAACAGCGAGGUCUUUGGAGAGCCCAGCAUCCAUUGAUCGGCAGAAGGGGCUCCUCUUUUUUUCUUUUUGGCUUUUUAUAUUGAGGCUCAUCAAGUAAUUGUUUUAGUGUAUUGAAAACCCAAAAAAUAGUCUAAAAAAAAUAUGUCCACACUAUACUCUCUCAUGUUCAGUCCUUCUCUGUACAUGUAAUUUUUCUUCUAGUUCCAUUUUCGCUUGUGUGAGUUUUAAGUUUAACCUUCACUCGUAUUGUAUACCAAAUGCUAAGACAAUUAAAA